UCAGUCAGCAAUUUCUGACUCCGCGGCAUCAUCCUUCAAUAUUGAUGUAAAAUAAAUAAUAUAUUCACCUAGACUAUGGACGCUCAGCUCCUCGCACCGCUCACGCAACUUACUGCUCUUUCCCAAUCCCUCUUCCUUUCGUUAUCUCAGCAGCCUUCGCAAAAACAAGUUCCACCACCACCUCUAAGCUCAUUCGCAGCCGUUGAUGCUGAGCUGCAAACCGCACUGACAACAGUGUCGGCACAUCAGCGCCGACAGGCACGAAUUGUCGCGUUACAGCAGGAACUAUUGGAGGUGGAUGCUCGAUGGCGCACUGUGUGUGAGGCAUUAGAAGAGGGGAGGAAGGUAUUAGAAGAGAUCGUGAGGGAGGGUGAUGAACGUGUCGAAUGCAUAAGAAAGGCGAAGGAGGCCGCGAUCCCUUAUCCUGAACUGCUCGCAUAUGCACAAAGCCUUAGCGCUUUCACGAGCGCGCCUCCAGGCUUAACUAUGCCAGAACCAGGUGCCGUAGGUCCUGUGCCUCUAUUCUUUCCGCCAUUCCCGAAUGAGGAGAAGAUGCGCCGCGGCCGACUGAAUGUGGAGCGUCCGUUGGGCGGUCUCGGGGAGAACCAUAGCGUGAGGGUACCAGAGCCUUCGCCCCCACCUGUCCAGACACGCGAGCGCCCAGGCGUGAACCCUUACCGCCACGAUACGCGCCCACAGUUGGCCGUGUUCGACCUCGAUCUUGACCUCAAUCCAGACCUAUAACCUCAAUUGUGUAUCUAGGAGAUCUCGUUAGGCACUGCUGCGCGGUACGACACCGGGGAGAAGAUUGGUUGCGCAAUUCGAGGUGGCAGUCCCUUUUAACGGCACAACUAAAGUCAUAAAUGACAACCAGGGAGGCGCGCAGUUUUCAUGUACCCUCUCAGACUGAAUAGUUGCAGCAUUUAUAAGGCUGCUGAACAUGAUAUGCCUGUCAUGCCCAAUGCCAGACGCUAACGUACCAAAGCUAACUUCUUACUAUUACCAAUACUUCGGUACACACUCGAUUUUUUUCAAGUCCUUAGUCCAUGCGU